ACAACAAUUUAGGCCAAAGCCGUACGACAUUACGGUCAUCAGUGGCAGGGCAGGCAUCAGCUGAUUCUUGUGUGUGUGCCCAGGAGCAGGAGUGGCUGGCUGAGGGUGACCAGUACUUCCAUGACCUGACCAGCCCCUUAAAACACAGGACAAGAAGAAGAAAAGACAGCGUGACCCGAGGCUUCCUGUGGCGUGGUCACGAGCAAGGUCACGAGACUUAUGGCUGGCUCCGGGCGUCCAGCGAGCACUUGCGGGUCAUGGCUCGUCCUCAGCCUGACCUUCGUGGCUGUGCUGACCUCGCCGCCACGCCCCGCCGCCACGCACGACCAGACUUUCCCGGGAAAGUUUUGGCAAAUCACCGACAUUCACUGGGACCAACGUUAUAGUGAGGACGGUGACCCUGCCAAGAUGUGUCACGAAGCCAAUGAACCUGACACACAUAACAGCAUGUGGGGGAACUACCUCUGUGACUCCCCGUGGCCACUGGUGAAGAGCUCCAUCCAGGCCAUGGUGGAGCUGGAGCCACACCCUGACUUUGUACUCUGGACAGGAGACAAUGCUCCCCACACGGAUGACCCUGCGCCAGACUUCCCGGUGAUCUUCAACACAGUGAGUAACAUCACUAAUGAGCUGCGCACAGCCUUUCACGCCUCCAUCCCCAUCCUGCCUGUGCUGGGUAACCAUGAUGCAUACCCCAAGGAUGACUAUCCUAUUGCUGGCAAGGAGUUUUAUGGGAAGUAUUUGAGCCAGGGAGGCUGGGCAGCACUCCUGCCAGCAGAGGCACAGCAGGAGUUUGAGCAGGGAGGAUACUACAGCUACAGACUUCCCUCAGGAGUUACGGUUCUGGUGGUGAACACUAACCUCUAUUAUGCCUUCAAUACACUUGGAAGGAAUGUACCAGACCCUUGUGGACAGUUUGCGUGGAUGCGAUCCAAACUGCAGAUAGCACGGGAUGAACAUUCUAAGGUGAUCAUAGCUGCCCACGCCCCACCUGGCUUCUUUGAGCGGCUGGCUGCCGUGCCAUUCUUCAACCACACAUACAACAAUGCUUACGUUGACUUGCUGAAUGACUUUGGAGAGAACAUUCUGGUGCAGAUUUAUGGUCAUGAGCACACAGAUAGCUUCAAGCUGUUCCUUGGACCACAAGGUGAAGUUGAGAGUGUGGCCCUUCUGGCCCCCUCAGUCACCCCCUGGCAGGCUUCCCCUGUCUUUGGUGGCACUGCAGUCAAUCCAUCCCUCCGCCUCUACUACUACACUCCCACAGCCAUUGUGGACUACUCCCAGUACCACCUCAAUCUUAGUAAGGUAAUAACUACCCCAGAUGAUCCUCUCAUCCUCACUGGGGAGAGCACACCUGAGGAAGUCACCCCCAAGUGGGAACUGUUCUAUAAAGCUCGGGAAACUUAUGGGCUCAGUUCUCUUGAUAACCUUAACAUAGCCGGCCUCUAUGAUCGACUGGUGAGAAAUGAUGCCUUGUUCCAGAGAUAUUACUUUAUUAACUCUGCUGGGUACAAUAAUGGGUUGUGUGAUGACAAUUGCAAGAAAAACCAUCUUUGUGCCAUGGCUUACUUGAAGGCAAAAGCUGUUUUCAAUUGCAAGGAAUCCAACUUAACAAAGUCUAACAUUCUAUCACGUGAAUAUUUCGCAAAAUUCGGGAUAGAUCCAGAAGGGGAUUUCCCAAGCUCUAGUGUUUCUGAGCUGAUUAUUACCCUUGUUGUGGUGAGCAUGGCCUUGACAGUGGUGCUAGCAAUCAUUCUGGCAGUCAUGUUGGCCAUGAUUGUUGUCAAAAGGAGCAGAAUGGUGCCUGCUGAAGCCAGCUUCCCAAUACUGGACUUGGCAAAGAAUAGCAAGCAAAAUUACCGCAAGCUCCCGUGAAAAUGGGGGCCAUUUUGGGGAGGAUGGCACAAAUCUUGGAAGUUCAUACUAUUUUCUCACACAAUUUUCUCCUGCCAGCCAGAUAUUUAUUACUCAUAAGAUGAUUUCAGUGGAGUCUGAUCUCAGUAGCAGUUUACACGCUUGCACUUAUGCAAAAAGACAUUUGGGACAGCAUUAAUCCCUAAAAUAUUUUUAUAUUAAAUUGAGACUUUUAUAUAUGAAUUAAUAAAUGAAAUAGUAUCUAUCUAUCUAUCUAUCUAUCUAUCUAUCUAUAUAUAUAUAUAUAUAUAUAUGUGUGUGUGUGUGUGUGUGUGUGUGUGUGUACAGGUCUCCCUUGAUUUACGUUUGGGUUACACCCCAGAAGACCUAAUCAUAAAUCAAAAUACUGUAAAUCGGCUUCUUUAUAUAAUAGAUUCAAUGGAGAUGUGUUCUCAGGUCUGCCUAAACUCACAACAACCCAGUGACUUACAAUGACUUAAGAUAACUGAAAAUGACAAAGUGCCGUACAAUGAAUGACUUUGAAUGCUUUGUUUACAUAUAUUGCUUUUUUUUUUUUUUUAUUUUUUUUUUUUGAGCUAAGGAGACAGCUCAAGGGCGCAAAGAAAAUAUAUAUAAAAAAAGCUCUUCCCAAUACUUAGUCUUGUCACCCUUUCUCAAGCACUUUACAGUACCAUGAAUGAGACGCUGGUGGGAAUACCAGUGCCAUUAAGCAGGUACUGUUAGCACAAGAACCAGUACUGAAAUGUUUGUUGCUGAUACCAGUACUGUUGAGCAGGUACCAUUAGUAAGGUACUGGUACCAGUACUUACCUGCACCUCACAGACUCGGUUGAAAAUGUCAGCAGUGAAGCCAGUUUCUGUCCCACCUUUCCAUAUGUUGGAUACAUUCACACUUGUGGGCUGCUUAGAAGCCAUCACUGACUGUACACAGUGAUUUACAUAGAUUUACAUAGAAAAUCAGACCACACAGAUCCCAUGGUCCAGACUAGGUGGUCUGUCCUUAAACCUAAGUGAUUCUACAUUAAUCAGAAGGCUCCAAAGCGUUGCAUUUCAACACGUAAUAUUUCGAUGGUAAAAUACACUAAGGGCAGACAGUAGCAUUUGCUUGGCAUAUUGAAUGGCGGGCGCAGGAAUAAGUGGCCAGUGGUAAGGAGCGUUGUGAUUGCUUGGGUGAUGGAACAAAUGCCUGCAGACAUGCAGUGAGCUUAGCUGACUGGCCAGACAAUUUUAUAUGUGAGUCACUGCUAUCGUAAAUUGAAAAAUGGGUAGUGAUAUAGGUCAAUCAUAUACACAAAAUAUCGUAAGUUGAUACAUUGGAAACCAAGGGAGACCUGUGUAUAUAUAUAUAUAUAUAUAUAUAUAUAUAUAUAUAUAUAUAUAUAUAUAUAUAUAUAUAUAUAUAUAUAUAUAUAUAUAUAUAUAUAUAUAUAUAUAUAUAUAUAUAUAUAUAUUAUACACACAUUUAUAUAACCCCACCCUCACAUUGAACAUAAUAUGGAGCUAUCUUCUCAUGGCCUUUGAAGUUGCUUUAUAGAUUUUAGUGUAUAGUCAGGAGUGUGUGUGUUUGUGUGUGUGUGUAUUUACCUAGUUGUGACAUAGGGGAAAAGAGCUACGCUCGCGCUGUCCCGUCUCCAUAUCCUCUCUUAUCCAACUUUUCCUUAAAAUCAUGAAUGUUUCUUGCACAAACCACCUCCUCCUCCAGUCCAUUCCAUAGCUCAAUGCUUCUGUUUGGGAAGCUAAACUUUUUCACAUCUCGCCUACACGUGGUCACCCUCAACUUCUUUCCAUGUCCUCUCGUUUCUCUCUCGCUCCACACACACAGGUCCUUUCUGUCCAGAUUCUCCACCCCGCUCGCCACCCUGUACAUCACUAUCAGGUCUCCUCUUUCUCUUUUUCUCUCCAGGGUUGUGAGCCCCAUGCUAUUGAGUCUCCCCUCAUAAGUCCGAUCCCUAAGUUCCGGUACCAUCUUAGUUGCCACUUGCUGUACUCUUUCCAGCUUUCUUAUGUUCUUCUUUUCGUGAGGAGACCAGACCACUGCUGCAUACUCCAACCUUGGCCUUAUCAUUGUAACUAUUAUUUUCUUCAUCAUCUCUUCAUCCAAAUACACAAAUGCCUUCCUUAUGUUCCUCAGCAAAUUCAUAGUUUGUCCCGUUAUCCUGUUGAUGUGUUUGUCCGGUGACAUGUUCUCUGAGAUAGUCACUCCCAAAUCUUUUUCUUCCACUCCUCUGCAUAUUAUCUCACUUCCCAUCUUAUAAUCAUAUUCACAUCUUAUACCACUCCUACCAAACUAUUUUUUUUACAUUUCCCAAGGUUGAAUUCCAUCUGCCAUGUACCACUCCACUCCCAUAUUUUCUCCAGGUCCCUCUGCAAUGCCUCACAGUCUUUCACAUCAUUGACUCGUCUCAAUAGCUUUGCAUCAUCUGCAAACAAACUCACAUAGCUGGUCACUCCGUCCACCAUAUCAUUUAUAUAAACAGCAAACAUUAUUGGUGCCAGCACUGAACCUUGUGGGACCCCACUCCUCACUGGGCACCAGUUGGAAACCUUGUCCUUGAUUAUUGUCCUCAUUUCCCUGUUAGUUAGGAAGUCCUCCAGCCACUUAAUAAGUCCAUCACCCACUCCACCCCUAUUUUUAAUUUUCCAAAUUAGUCUUCUGUGCGGUACUUUGUCGAUUGCCUUUUUUCAAAUCCAGGUACACUCCAUCCCCCCAGCCUUCUCUCUCUUGUAUUAAAUCUGUCACCCUUGAGUAAUAACAUAAUAAGUUGGUGACACAAGAUCUCCCUCUCCUGAAUCCAAACCGGCAAUCUGAGAUAAUUCUCUCCCUUUCUGAAAAAUCCAACCACCUGUUUUUAACUUGCCUCUCACAUAUCUUCACAACCACACUAGUGAGUGAUACCGGUCUGUAAUUUAAUGGGUCCUCUCUCUUUCCUCCUUUAUAUAUUGGUACUAUGUUUGCUCUCUUCCAAUCUUGUGGUACCCUUCCUUCACUCAGGGAGGCGCUCAUUAUGGAGUGCAGUUUCUCUGCAAGUUGCUCACUACAUUCUUUCAGGAUCCACCCUGAUACUCCAUCCAGCCCUGUCGCCUUUCUUGCAUCCAGCUUGUUCAAGCUUUCCUUGACCUCCUGCACCGUUAACUGUAUCUCCUGCAUAACCUUUCUUCUUUCCUGGCCUGGUGGUUGUACGAAUUUGUCUUCCUUUGUGAAAACUUUUUGAAAGCUGUUGUUCAUCACUUCUGCCAUCUCUGCUGGGUCUUCAUAUGUAGUUCCAUCCAUUUUCAGUUUAUCGAUUGUUUCUCUAUUCUUUAAUUUGCCGUUCAUAUGUCCAUAAAAUAAUUUAGGUUGGUCUUUGCAUUUGUCGAUUAUAUCUUUUUCAUAUUUCCAUUUUUCUUCUCUUCUAAUCUUUGUAUAUUCAUUCCUUGCUUGUUUGAAAUUGUUCCACGCGUUGAUUCUUCCUCGUCUCCUCCAUCCCUUCCAGGCUUCCUCCUUUCUUUUUCUAGCUGCCUCGCAUCUUUUGUUAAACCACUCAUUUUUACCAACAUCCUUUUUGGUUACCUUUGGGACAUAUCUUUUCUCGGCUUCUUUGUACAGCUGUAAAAACUCCUCCCACUUGUAUUGCGUACUCCUGGCAUUGUACAGCCCAUUCCAAUUUGCAUUCUCAAAAAAAGUUCUCAUAUUAACAAAGUCUGCCUUAGAGUAGUUUCUUCUCCCUAUUUUAUGUUCCUCUUUUCGGUCAAUCCUUCUCUUUUCUUUUACUUCAAAUUCCACAAUCGCAUGGUCACUCUUAGCUAUUGGGCAGUCUAUUUUAAUAUUUUCUAUUACUUCCGGUUCCUUGCUAAAAACCAGGUCUAAUCUUGAUGCCUCUCCUUUCCCAAAUCUAGUAUAUUCCUUAAUCCAUUGCGUCAGCACAUGUUCCAUUGCCAGUUGCAGGAGUCUUCCUCCCCACGACUCUUCUGUUCCCUGCAUUUGCCAAUCCUCCCAUUCUACCUCUGCAAUUAAAAUCACCCAUCAAAAUUAUUCUCUCACUCUCUUAACAUUCCAUCCAAGCAACUCACUGUGUCUUGUAUCAUUACUUCAUAUUCUUGGGCCUUCCAUGCAUUGGUUCUUGGUGGCACAUACCCUACUACAUACUGCCGCCUCCUUCCUUCAGCACCCACAGUUUCCACUUUCAGUACCUCUGCCAAGCCUUCACCCUCAAUCACCUUCUCCACCUUGAUGCCUUUCCUUACCAUCAACAUCACACCUCCUCCCUGUGUUCUCUUUCUGUCUCUCCUCCAUAUAUUGUACUCACCUUCUCCAAUCCCCACCACCUCAAUUGGGUCACACAACUUGGUUUCCGUCAGCCCCACAAUAUCAGGUUCUUUGUCUCUCAAAUAGUCGUGUGUGUGUGUGUGUGUGAAAAGGUUGCAGGAAGCAGAUAAAAGCUGUGAAACACCAAUGGCUGUAGGAAAGCAUUUAGAAAAUUAUGUGGUAUAUAAUUGCUGUCUCUUCAAACAGAGCACAUUGUGGAUAAUUUAAGGUCUUACAGUGCACCCACCCCUAAGAGAUUAACAAUUUUAGGUCAGGAAUAUAAGAUGGGGCUGGAUAUGCACUAUGUUGCCACAAAGAGGCAGAGGAGCAGUCAAAACAAUAGCUAGUGAAAAAUAAACUUGGUGUCGUAACGCUCCAUGAUUGUGUCAAAAUUGAAAUAUGAAAUGGACCUCUGUGGUUAUGGUUCUGUUUGCAAUGGUGUAAUUGUGUUUGCUAAUUGUUCUUUCGGCAAAACUAUUUCUUAAGGUGAGAAACAUAUUCUAUGUGCAUUGUUGCCAGUAAUUGAUGUCUUUCCUUUCAUUGUGAUAAUCAGAAGUUAAGAACAUUUUAAGUCCAUUGUUUGUGGGUAAUUGUAUUGUAAUUUGUAAGCUUGGUAGUCUUAACGUUUUAUAUAUAGGUAUAGGUAUAUAUAGGUGAUAUAGCUGUUCAAAUGUGCAUAAUUAUGUGCACUGUUAAAAAUACUGUAUGUAUCCAGCCAUAUUUUAUAGUAUUUAAUUUCAUGACUGUGUAUUUGCACGUCAUUUUCUGCAGCACCAGUGUUGUACCUAGCACUCUUGCUUCCAAACAGUGUUGGCAGCAUAUUUGUGAUAUCUUAAGAGGGUAAGUUCAGUCACUGGUAAAACUGGUUACACAAGUCAAUCACUCAGCUGCUGUUCGUAAUAUAUAGCAGGGAAAAGACCCCUUGGCUCCCAUGCUAAAGAGUCCCACUAGACUGCACCCACAGGCGAUGUCACCUGCCUUGUCUUCACACAUGACAGUCAGAUCCUAAAGCAGAUUGGGCCAGGAUCUGCUAUGAAUCCUCAAAUGUGAAUCUACAUAUGUUGGAUCAGGUAAAAUAUUAAUUGAAUCAAGAGUGAUCCUAACCACGUAUGUCUAAUGGCACAACAAUUGUAAAAGUAUUACUAGUAGUGCUGUGUUGGCUUUGGGACUAGCCUGCCUUGACCAAUCACACCCAGGACAGCAGCCUAAGUGAUUGAUGAGCAACAUCCACCUCAUACAAUUAACAAAGCUACAGAUUCAUUUAUCAGGGACUUUUCGUAAGCAUAAAGUUUACUUUUGUUUGCUGAAGGAAUCAAUAGGAUAAUGACUUCACAGUCUCCUUCAUAUUGAAUAGUUUUAUUGAUCACUAACAAUUGUUUUUUGCACUAGCACUGUUUUGAUAAAAGUCUCGGUACGAUGAAAAUGGAUUCUGGAGUACAACCCAAGUGUCGCACCACAGCCAGUGUGAAUAUAAUGAUUGUUUACAAAAUUUGUACUUUAACUGAACAAAGGAGGCUAGAAUCUCUACAGAUGGAAUGUGCUGUGCAAAUUCUACUUAGUAUAGAUCUCAAACACUUAAGUUUUAUAAAGUUCAGAAUUUACAAUUAUUUGAUUCUGAAAAAAAAAAUCAAUACAAUACUAUAGUCUUUUUAUUGGGACAAAAAUGCACUCACUUAGAGGUGCUCUUUUUCCACAAAGUUUCCUGAUAUUGUUUGCUUGAAUAAGCAAUGACAAACUGCUUCUUUUUAUUUGAAAUAAUUACCAGAUAAUAUGAACUAACACUUGUUUACUAACUCAAGUCUCUCCCUUCUCCCUUUGAUAUAUGUUAUGGCAAUUAAAAAUAAAAUAAUGUGUUGGUAAGUGCUAAGUCGAUUUGUUGACUUCAGUCUCCCAAGCUUGUGUUCAGAUGCACGCUUCAUGUGUAUUUUUUUUCACAUUUUACCACGGAUUUGAGACAAGUUGCUCUAAACAAGAAAAGAUAUAAUCAACUUUAAAAAAAAGUCCAGAAUCUACUCAAAUGACUUAAGAUAAGAGCAUGUGUGUUUGUGUUGUAGCAGUAGGCUAUUCAGAAAUCCUGUUCUGUAUAUCACAAUGCAUUCAAUAAAACUAUAUAUUAAUAAUAUUUUUCCCCAUCUGUAAUUAUGAACCUAAUGAAUAUAACAAUUGAAGUUUGUACUUGUGUUGCUGACUUGGGUGGCUGAUGUCAACAUAAAAGACUUGGCACUUACCAGCACAUUACUUCAUCAUUUUUAUAAUCAUUAUCCAGUUCAAUUGCCAUACCAUGUAUCAGAGAGAGAGACUUGAGUUAGUAGGCAAGUGUUGGCUCACAUUACCUGGUAAUUAUUUCAAGUAAAAUUAAGUAUACAACUUAUAUAUUCAACCAAUCAGUUAGCAAGAAACAUACUGUGUAAAAAGGGCACCUCUGGAGGCAAGUGCAUUUUCACCUUGAAUGAGAGCCCUUUUAGCACAAAUUGUUUCAGAGCACCAUAUGCCUCGGUGGCAAUCAUACAAGUGUGUUUGUGACUAUAUAUUGUGUGACAUCUUGAGGAAAUAAGGUGACAAUGUUCUUAAUAGUGAAUUGAUCCAACCAGUUGACACAUUUGUAUGAUCAUAACUCCUUUGUUCCACACUCGUACCUACUGUGCAUUGCAGUCUUAAAUUGCCGCCUCUAAUGGAUAGCCAAUAUAGAAUUAAGUAACCAUUGGAGUAAUUUUGGUGCCCCAUGUUAAUAAGGCAAGCAACAACAACAAAAAAUGUCAGCUGGGUAGCCCGUUAUUCCACGGCUCUCUCCGCCUUGAAUCAGACCCUGAGCCAAAGUGAGUCAGUGAUACCGUUUUUUGGAUUUGAUUCCUCAACUCACAACCAUUCAGUGAAGGGAGACCAAGGCUUGCCCUGCCCUCUACUUGGCCAGGAGAAUUGCUUUACCUUGAGCUGUCAUGUGCAGGCUUAUUUUUUUUCUCCCUCUCUGUUGCCUCACUAAUUGCUUGUACCUGUAGAAUUUUUUGUCUUCAGACUGGCUCAAAAUUGAAUGUGUUCUGCUACUUGAAUAGUGUUCUCAAAUUAACCCACAAUGCUUACCUCACUAGUGCAUGGGGCAUCAGAAUUUUUUCCCUAUGCCUAUCCUCUUUAGGAGUAAUGGACAUAUGAAAAAAUAUUGUGAUAAGUGGCUAUAUCCACAUACGAGUGUCCUUUUCCUGUGCUUUCCAUAAUAUGGUGCAGUGAGUUCACAGUUUAUAAAGGUAAGGUGAAAUUCAGAGAAAAUACCAUUGAAAGUAGGGAAAAUAACCAACAGGGUCGACAUGAGAUACGUGACUGUUCAUAGUUAACAUUAUCAUGGGCAUGAUUCAAUGCAAAUCUUGACCAAAUCCAGUCAUGUUAUGUGGGUGGUGUUAAGCUGGUGUCACACAGGGCAAAUUUCGCCAACAUGUUGGUCGUUUUUGUUAGCUGUUGGGCAAAACGAACAACAACCAACAAGAUCUGGCAGGUUGGGAAGAACGGACAACAGAUGUGACGUCAGACUGGUUGGGAGGAAACGGGGUCAAAUGACAUUCGUGCUAUAAGCUGUAAAUGUAAAUUGAAAAUCAAUCAUCGUACAUAUUUACUCAAAUUGUCAACGGUAAAACUCCAAAAACCCACGUACAUGUGCAAGUAUGCAUUUGUGAUUUAUUUGUCCACUGUGUAAAGUUAUUUAUAACACAACUGACUGUACGGUGGGUCACUGCCGCCCGGCCCCGGGGCCAUGGAGUUGCCAGAUUGGGCGACUUAUGAAGGCUGUAUGCUACUUAACUUUUUCAUCCACUACUUGCUACUUAAAUUUUGAGUAAUUCUGAAAUUUAUUGGGCUACUUCAUGUUGAAAUCCGCUACUUUUUGAUGUGUGAGUAGGCUACUUAUCGUCAAAAGAAUCUGGCCGGCCCGGCCCCCACCCGGGGUGGAGUCUGUACCUGGCGCAAGGUAUAAACAAAGUUCAACACUGGCCAACGACGCCCCCAAUGCCUCUUCUGGCGUUUCUGCAGUCAUAGCACAUGCUGGCGUGGUGUUUGUUGUUGUAGCACAGCGUUAACACAACAGUGUUCAGGGUCACAGUGUGAUGCACAGCAUUGUUGGUUGGCGAUUAUCACCAACAAAAACGAGCAACAUGUUGGCAGAAAUUUGCCCUGUGUGAUGCCAGCUUUAUGUGAAUGUUAUGGGGUUUAUAGGCCCACCAGGGAUAUCUGACAAACGUGGGGAGGGGGCAGGCAGUAAGGGAGUAGGAUGAGGAAAAGGCACCAAACUGACUGUGGACUAUCCUUAUUGGGAGGUUGAGAUGGACCUAAGGAAGUCAAACGACACGUGUCCGACUACGUAUACACAAGAGGUACAUUUGUUUGAUGGUUGUACCUUCAUUGCAUAACUGCACAAGUGUUGCCUGACUCCAGACCUGCCUACCAAUAAUGAUGUCAAUUGAGUAUUGUGAGAAGUGUGAACUCACUGUAGAAGAAAAAUUAGAUCUUAACCUGAGCAAAUAUCAGAUAAAUUCUAUUUUUAAACAAAUGGCAAAAGGAUCAGACAAAUCCUUGAACUGACUUGGAGCCACUAACCAUGGCAUACUUUUUUUGCAGUAAAAUUCUCACUCUACACAAGAAUUGUAAUACAGAAGCACUGGUUUUCAUGUACUUGUCACAACCACAUUCUUACUUUGUCAUAACGAAGCAUCACAUUUAAAAAUAUCAGACGUUCCUAAAAGCCAAAUGGAACACUUAUGUUGUAAAUUUACAAGGCACACCUAUACCUUAAGUGAGGCCAGCAAUGGCAUAGGAAAAUCCAGAUAGUUACUCCAUAUCACAGUUUUUACCUUCUGAUUCACCCCUACAUGAAGUAUUCAGAAACAGCCUCAGUCCAUAACAUCAGAAAAAAAUAGACAUGCUGGUCUCACUUCAGGCAAAUAUUUGGUCACAUAGGAUGUUCAAUUUUUUGUGCAAUUAAAACAUUAAAUUAGCAAUAUUUUUUUUUAAAGAAAAAUCUAAUGUAAUAAAUAAUUGCUACUUAUAAUGUUUAUUUUUUUUAAAUAUUGCAUUUAAGUGAAUUGCAUAUUUGUAUAAACACUUUAAAGUUUGGUAUCACUCAGAUGAAUUAAUUCUCUGUAUCUCAUAACAACCAUGAUAAGCCAAUGUUCCCUUAUCAAAGUGGGCCCAGCUAAGAUGUUCUGCAGCAGAGCUUUCUUCACCCAGCACUCUAUGGACCAGUUCAGAUACUCUUCUCAUAUACAUGUAGGUUUUUGAAGAACAUUUACUUUUCAAGACAAAUAAAACUGCACAUUGCUGAGAGAAACCUU